AUGCAGUGGCAGCAGUCCUGUAGCCGCUACACCAGCAUGUGGUUCGCUUCCUACGUCGCGGUCAUCUACACUCUGGGUCGCCUGGCCAUCGAUGAUAUCCCGACCGGUGCUGCACGGAGGGACGUAGACAACUUCUUCAGCCCUCAGGAUUGCGUGGAGUUUAUGAGGUUUACGCAAGACCAGUGGCAGCAGUCCUGUAGCCGCUACACCAGCAUGUGGUUCGCUUCCUACGUCGCGGUCAUCUACACUCUGGGUCGCCUGGCCAUCGAUGAUAUCCCGACCGGUGCUGCACGGAGGGACGUAGACAACUUCUUCAGCCCUCAGGAUUGCGUGGAGUUUAUGAGGUUUACGCGAGACCAGAUCGUACUCAUGCUGGAACUGCUCAUGGUGCCUGCCAUCAUUCGGACAGA